CCGAGCGCCGACCGCACGCCAGGCGCAGCCGGGGAGAGCCCCGAGCGCGCAUCCCUCCGCCUGCAGCCGAGGCGACCCCCCGCGGUCCCGCCCGCCCGCGCUUCCCGCGGAGGCACCCGGCCGCCCCGCCUCCCCCACCCCGCGCCCGCCAACUCCCAGCUCGCGGCCCUGAUUGGUCGCCGCAUUCCCGCUCUCCUUCCCGAACCGCCAUUUUGAAAAUCUUGUUGAUUCUGGGGAGCCGAGCGCGCGGCGCGAGCGUCACGCCAGACAGCGGCCCGCGCGCCUUCUCCUUGGCGUCGGCUCCCGCCGCCUCCCAGAACCUCCUCGUGCCCUCGCGUGCCAGGCCCGCGGCGGCCAGAGUCCGCGGUUCACAGCAUGUCCGCCUCGGCCCCUGCUGCGGAGGGAGAGGGAACCCCCACCCAGCCGGCGUCCGAGAAAGAACCUGAAAUGCCCGGUCCCAGAGAGGAGAGCGAGGAGGAAGAGGACGAGGACGACGAGGAGGAGGAAAAAGAAAAGAGUCUCAUCGUGGAAGGCAAGAGGGAAAAGAAAAAAGUAGAGAGGUUGACAAUGCAAGUCUCUUCCUUACAGAGAGAGCCAUUUACAAUUGCACAAGGAAAGGGGCAGAAACUUUGUGAAAUUGAGAGGAUACAUUUUUUUCUAAGUAAGAAGAAAACCGAUGAACUUAGAAAUCUACACAAACUGCUUUACAACAGGCCAGGCACUGUGUCCUCAUUAAAGAAGAAUGUGGGUCAGUUCAGUGGCUUUCCGUUUGAAAAAGGAAGUGUCCAAUAUAAAAAGAAGGAAGAAAUGUUGAAAAAAUUUAGAAAUGCCAUGUUAAAGAGCAUCUGUGAGGUUCUUGAUUUGGAGAGAUCAGGUGUAAAUAGUGAACUAGUGAAGAGGAUCUUGAAUUUCUUAAUGCAUCCAAAGCCUUCUGGCAAACCAUUGCCGAAAUCUAAAAAAACUUCUAGCAAAGGCAGUAAAAAGGAACGGAACAGUUCUGGAAUGGCAAGGAAGGCUAAGCGAACCAAAUGUCCUGAAAUUCUGUCAGAUGAAUCUAGUAGUGAUGAAGACGAAAAGAAAAACAAGGAAGAGUCUUCAGAUGACGAAGAUAAAGAAAGUGAAGAGGAGCCACCAAAAAAGACAGCCAAAAGAGAAAAACCUAAACAGAAAGCUACUUCUAAAAGUAAAAAAUCUGUGAAAAGUGCCAAUGUUAAGAAAGCAGAUAGCAGCACCACCAAGAAGAAUCAGAACAGUUCCAAGAAAGAAAGUGAGUCUGAGGAUAGUUCAGAUGAUGAACCUUUAAUUAAAAAGUUGAAGAAACCCCCUACAGAUGAAGAGUUAAAGGAAACAAUAAAGAAAUUACUGGCCAGUGCUAACUUGGAAGAAGUCACAAUGAAACAGAUUUGCAAAAAGGUCUAUGAAAAUUAUCCUACUUAUGAUUUAACUGAAAGAAAAGAUUUCAUAAAAACAACUGUAAAAGAGGUAAAUAUUUCAGUCUUUCAAGUUUGACUUUAGAAAUAUAAAAGUAAUUACAUAAAAUACUCCAUAUUUUUCAAAAUAUUCAUGUCACUAAAUAUCACAUUUAAUCCUCACAUUUGUUCAUAAUAGGGAAAUAUAUUUCUUCUCAUUCCCACUUUAAAGCUUAAAAUUAAAGUUUGAACAAUAAGUGAUAAGACCUGAACUCAGAUUAUGAUGUGGCCUCAUGGUGUACCUGGGUAGCUGGGCAUCUCAAAGUUGCUCUCACAAAUACUUGAGGAAGUUCCUGUACACCAGGCAAAGGUGAGGGGAAGAUAAGCAGGUAGCUAUAAUUCUGUAUUGAUCUCAACUGAUUUUUGAAGGACAAAAUAGUAAAAUAGAUGUGGGAAAAAUGGGAUAAAGGUUUAUGAUUUAUGGCAAAAUAAUGUUUCACUUUCAUUACAGCUAAUUUCUUGAGAUAGAGGACAGAGAAGAUGACUCGUUCCCAUAGAUCUGAAGAUCUGAUUUAUACCAUUAUACCAGCAAAGAGAAUGUAUUUCCUUUUCUAAAUCCUUGUUAAGCAACGUUAGUAGAACUUACUGCUGACCUUUUUAUCUUGAGUGUUAUGUGAAUUUGAGUUUGCUGUUUUAAAUUGCAUUUCUAUGCCAUUUUUAGUUUAAAAUCUUGCAUGGCAUUAAUUGUUCCUUGCUUUUAUAGUUGUAUUUUGUACAUUUUGGAUUUCUUUAUAUAAGGUCAUAGAUUCUUGAACUGUUGUGGUUUUUAGUGCACUUAAUAUUAGCUUGCUUAAGGCAUACUUUUAAUCAAGUAGAACAAAAACUAUUAUGACCGAGAUUUAUACACACAGAGAUUGCAGUAUUUAGUAUAUGAAAUAUUUUGAAUACACAUCUCUGUCAGUGUGAAAAUUCAGCGGCAGUGUCCAUCAUAUUAAAAAUAUACAAGCUACAGUUGUCCAGAUGACUGAAUUGGAACUUUUCUCCUGCAUGUGUAUAUAUGUCAAAUUGUCAGCAUGACAAAAGUGACAGAUGUUAUUUUUGUAUUUUUAAAAAACAAUUCGUUGUAUAUAAAGUUUUUUUAUUUCUUUGUGCAGAUCACUUUUUAAACUCACAUAGGUAGGUAUCUUUAUAGUUGUAGGCUAUGGAAUGUCAGUGUUCAGCCAGACAGUAUGAUGGAGCAGUGAAAGUCAAUUCAGUGAUGGGAACACUGAAGGAACAGUUAUCCUGCUUUGCCUCGAAAGUGUCAUCAAUUUGUAAUUUUAGUAUUAACUCUGUAAAAGUGUCUGUAGGUACAUUUUAUAUUAAGGACAGACCAAAAAUCAACCUAUCAAAGCUUCAAAAACUUUGGGAAAGGGUGGGAUUAAGUACAAGCACAUUUGGUUUAUAGUAAAUGAACUGAUUUUUAUUAACUGCUUUUGCCCAUAUAAAAUGCUGAUAUUUACCGGAAACCUAGCCACCUUCAUGAUUAUGACUAAAGUACCAGAUUAUAAUGCCAGAAUAUAAUGUACAGGCAAUCGUGGAUAUAUCUGACAAAGUGUGUCCCAAAAAUAAUAUACUUUUACAUUAAAGAAAUUUACCGUUUCUCUGGAGUUGGGGCUCUUGGCUUUUAGAGUUUGGUUAAUCAGUGUUGAUUCUAGAUGAUCAACAUAAUGGACCACUCCUGAAUGAGACUAAUUUUGUCUUUCAAAUUUACUGUCUUAAAUCAGUUUAUUAAAUCUGAAUUUUUAAAACAUGCUGUUUAUGACAGAAUGACACAUUUGAUGUACCAAUUAAGUGUUGAAAAAUAUCUUUGCAUCAUAGAACAGAAAUAUAUAAAAAUAUAUGUUGAAUGUUAACAGGUAUUUUCACAGGUUUAUUUCUUGAUAGUUACUCCGACACUAGGGAAAGGUAAAUACAAGUGAACAAAAUAAGCAACUAAAUGAGACCUAAUAAUUGGCCUUUGAUUUUAAAUAUUUGUUCUUAUAAACCUUGUCAAUAAAAAUAAGUCUAAAUCA